GUAUAAAAGUUUUAAGUAAGUUGGAUUUUAAACAAAUUGCUUCUACUAGUAUAUCUAUCAAUAUCUAUCGAAGUGUCGCAGUGAUGAAAGGAAUUAUAUUGUGGUUAACAUUUUUGGUGUUUUGUUCGAAUUUGGAUCCGAUACGAGCCAGUUCGCCGACGGUAUGCUUUGACGGUUUAUCCUGUGUGCACGGCAAGUAUAUGGCCGGUUAUGAUAGUUAUUCGUUUGAAGCCUUCCUGGGUAUACCGUAUGCCAAACCACCCAUCGGUAAUUUGAGAUUUAGUAAUCCUGAAGAAGCUGAACUUUGGGAUGGCACUUUGUCAGCAUUACGUCCCAAGCCGGAUUGUAUACAGCGUGAUUAUUCCACUACAUUAAAAACGAUCAGCGGUUCAGAGGAUUGUCUGUACUUGAACAUAUAUCGCCCAUUGCAACGUGCCGGUGGGAAAUUGCCAGUAAUGUUUUACAUACAUAGUGGUGAUUUUUCCUCUGGUUCACCGAGUCCAGACAGUGUAGGACCCCAAUAUUUUAUGGAUACGAAUGACGUAAUUUUGGUAGUGCCAGCUUAUCGCGUGGGUCCAUUUGGUUUCUUAUCUACGAAUGAUACGGAGAUGACGGGAAAUUAUGGUCUUAAAGAUCAGCAUUUAGCACUGAAAUGGGUUAACAAGUAUAUAUCGGCUUUUGGUGGUGACCCCAACAGUGUGACAAUUUUCGGACAUAGCGCUGGUGCUGUAUCGGUUCAUUUACACUUACUUAAUGGACAUACAAAUGAUUCUGCUCUAUUCCAAAACGCUAUUAUGAUGAGUGGUGUCGCAAACUCCCCAUUCGCUGUGCCUUUAAGUGAUCCAAAAGGUCAAGUCAUUAAAUUGGCUAAAGCUGCUGGUGUGAGUGAAGCUGAGUACUUAAGUUCGGCUGGUUUGGUUCAAGCAUUGCGUUCAAUCAAGCCAAAAACUUUGCUACGAGCUGUCGAUGAUCUUAAACUUUGGAAUGUGCAUCCGCUUGUAACAUUCCGUCCGAAUAUUGAAAAUGUCAAUUGGCCUGGUGCAUUCUUGACAAAUAAGCAAAAUACAAAAAAUCCACAAAUAUCAAUUGGAAAGUGCCAUAACGUAACUUGGAUCGUUGGUAAUGUACCGGCCAAGGGUGAGGGUUUGGGUAUAGCACUUCGAUUGGUAAGUGAUACGAAAUUACAAAAGGAAUUCAAUAGUAACUUCACCAAGUCGCUAAGCAUUAUAUUGGAUUUACCUGCGAAGUGUGACACAAAAGAUAAUAUAGAUUCAUUGGUAACUGAGUAUAUGGAGGGUAGAUACAAACUGAAUGAUUAUACAUUAAAUGGCUUUUUGGAGCUUUUGGGAGAUGCAGUUUUUAUUCAUCCAACAUACAAACUUCUUGAGAGUAAUAUCAAUUCUUCACGCGAUGAUUUUGGAGGAAUAAUAAAGUUUGACUACCGCGGACCCUAUUCAUUUUCGAAAAUAUAUUCAAACAGCUUAAAGGAUUUCGGUACUGCACACGCAGAUGAUUCGUUAUUCCUGUUUGAAGGACCACGAGGAGUAUCACAUCGCUACCCAAAGAGGUCUCCUGAGGCAGCUUUGGUUAAACGUUAUGUACGCCUGUUUCAGAGUUUUGCCUCAACUGGUUAUGCUGACAUCCAAGAAUGUACUGAUAACGAUUUUCCGAAUAAUUGCAAUUAUUUGUCUAUAGUGAAUGAUGAUGAUGAACCAUUCCAAACUGGAAAUACUUGGAAUACUAAGCGAAUGAACAUUUGGGAUAAAAAUCCUGAAGAAGCUGAACUCUGGGAUGGCACCGAUUGUAUACCGCGCAAUAAUGACAGUGCAUUAAAACCGAUAACCGGUUCAGAGAAUUGUCUGUACUUGAACAUAUAUCGCCCAUUGCAGCGUGCCGAUGGGAAAUUGCCAGUAAUGUUUUACAUACCAGCUUAUCGCUUGGGUCCAUUUGAUGAUUUGUUAUUCCUGUUUGAAGGACCACGAGGAGUAUCACAUCGCUACCCAAAGAGGUCUCCUGAGGCAGCUUUGGUUAAACGUUAUGUACGCCUGUUUCAGACUUUUGCCUCAACUGGUCAUACUGGUAUCCAAGAAUGUAACGAUUUUCCAAAUAAUUGCAAUUAUUUGUCGAUAGUGGAUGAUGAUGAACCAUUCCAAACUGGAAAUACUUGGAACACUCAACGAAUGAACAUUUGGGAUGAUGUUUUUUCUCGUAUCUUUACCAGUAUCUUUCGAAGUGUCGCAGUAAUGAAAGGAAUUCUAUUGUGGUUAACAUUUUUGGUGUUUUAUUCGAAUGUGGGUCCGAUAAAAGCCAGUUUGCCGAAGGUAUGCUUCGACGGUUUAUCCUGUGUGCUCGGCAGGUAUAUGUCCGGUUAUGAUAGUUAUUCAUUUGAAGCCUUCCUGGGUAUACCGUAUGCCAAACCACCCAUCGGUAAUUUGAGAUUUAGUAAUCCUGAAGAAGCUGAACUCUGGGAUGGCACCGUGUCAGCAUUAUAUCCAAAGCCAGAUUGUAUACAGCGUGAUUAUAUUAGUGAAUUAAAACCGAUAACCGGUUCAGAGGAUUGUCUGUACUUGAACAUAUAUCGUCCAUUGCAUCGAGCCGGUGGGAAAUUGCCAGUAAUGUUUUACAUACACGGUGGUGGAUUUUUCAGUGGUUCACCGAGUCCAGACAGUGUAGGACCACAAUAUUUUAUGGAUACGAAUGACGUAAUUCUGGUAGUGCCUGCUUAUCGCUUGGGUCCAUUUGGUUUCUUAUCUACGAACGACACGGAGAUGACGGGAAAUUUUGGCCUUAAAGAUCAGAAUUUAGCACUAAAAUGGGUUAACAAGUAUAUAUCGGCUUUUGGUGGUGACCCCAACAGUGUGACAAUUUUCGGCCAUAGCGCUGGUGCUGCUGCUGUUCAUUUACACUUAGUGACUAGAGAUAAAAAGGCCUCACCGCUAUUCCAUAACGCGGUUAUGAUGAGUGGUGUCGCAAACUCACCAUUCGCUGUGCCUUUAAGUGAUCCAAGAGGACAAGUGAUUAAAUUGGCUAAAGCUGCUGGUGUGAGUGAAGCUGAGUACUUAAGUUCGGCUGGUUUGGUUCAAGCAUUGCGUUCAAUCAAGCCUAAAACUUUGCUUCGAGCUGUCGAUGAUCUUAAACUUUGGAAUGUGUAUCCGUUUGUAACAUUCCGUCCGAAUAUUGAAAAUGUCAAUUGGCCUGGUGCAUUCUUAACAAAGGAGCAAGAUACAAAAGAUCCACAGAUACCGUUUGGAAUGUGCCAUGAAGUACCUUGGUUUGUUGGUAAUGUUCCAGCCAAAGGUGAGGGUUUGGUUGUAGCACUUCGAUUGGCAACUGAUAAGAAAUUACGUAAGGAUUUCAAUAGUAACUUUAACAAGUCGCUAAGCAAUAUAUUGGAUUUACCUGCGAAGUGUGACACAAAAGAUAAUAUAGCUUUAUUGGUAACUGAGUAUAUGGGCGAUAGCUAUGAACUGAAUGAUUACACAUUAAAUGGGUUUUUGGAGCUUUUGGGAGAUGCGUAUUUCAUUUACCCAACAUACAAACUUCUAGCGAGUAAUAUCAAUUCUUCACGCGAUGAUUUUAGAGGAAUAAUAAAUUUUGACUACCGCGGGCCUUAUUCAUAUUCGAAAAUAUUUUCAAAUAGCUUAAAGGAUUUCGGUACUACACAUGCUGAUGAUUCGUUAUUCCUGUUUGAAGGACCACGAGGAGUAUCACAUAGUUAUUCAAAGAGGUCUCCUGAGGCAGCUUUGGUUAAACGUUAUGUACGACUGUUUCAGACUUUUGCCUCAACUGGUCAUGCUGGUAUCCAAGAAUGUAACGAUUUUCCAAAUAAUUGCAAUUAUUUGUCGAUAUUGGAUGAUGAUGAACCUUUCCAAACUGGAAAUACUUGGAAUACUCAACGAAUGAACACUUGGGAUAAAGUAUAUCAAAAUUGCUAAAAUGCUUUUUUAUUUGCAAUAAAACCGAAUAUAAAGUUGUA